AUGCGUGUGCCAAAUACUGCAAUAAAACGUGUACGUUAUCCGAUCCCUACAUUGAAUGAUAUCAGCAUUCAACUCAAUGGUGCCAAAUAUUUCAGUAAAUUGGAUCUAAACCAAGCUUACCACCAGCUACCAUUACACAUAGACAGUCGUUUUAUCACUACCUUCAGCACACACGUAGGACUUUAUCGAUACACUUGUCUCAAUUAUGGGACAAAUGCUGCUAUGGAAAUUUUCCAGCAUGUUUUACAAGAAACUUUACAAGGUAUAAAUGGAGUGCUGAACAUCGCAGAUGACAUCGUAGUUUUUGGCAAAACUCGCAAGGAACACGAUUUAGCUUUGCAAAAUUGUUUGCAACGUCUGCAUUCAAAAUGCCUUACGCUAAAUCUCAAGAAAUGUAACUUUCUACAGAAAUCAAUUCAGUUUUAUGGGCAAAUUUUCACAGAACAUGGUACGCAGCCAGAUCCAGCACGCAUAAGCGAUCUUCAGAAUGCACCAAUACCUACCAGCAUCAAAGAGGUACGAAGCCUGCUCGGAAUGGCAAACUAUAGUGCUAAGUACAUCCAAGAUUUUGCGACGCUCACUGCACCACUUCGAGAGUUGACAAAAAAGAAUACACCAUUCGUAUGGCAAGCAGUUCAACAGAAAGCAUUUGAAAACAUAAAAUUGGCUCUGUCUGAAGCUCCCGUUAUGUCGUAUUUCGAUACCAAUAAAGAAACUUUCGUUACGGUGGACGCAAGUCCCGUAGGUGUGUCCGCAAUUUUGAGUCAAGCAACCAAGAACAGUGAUGAUUACAAGGUUGUUGCUUACGCCAGUCGUGGACUGUCCGAUACUGAGAAACGAUACUCGCAAACGGAAAAAGAGGCUCUAGCCAUCGUUUGGGCCGUAGAACAUUUUCAUUUGUUCCUAUAUGGCAACGAAUUUACUUUGAUUACAGAUCACAAACCUUUGGAAACCAUUUACGGCAGUUCAACCUCUAAGCCGUCCGCGAGGAUUGAGCGAUGGGUUUUGCGAGUACAACCUUAUUCGUUUAAAGUGCAGUACAAGGCAGGAAGCGAGAACUCUGCUGAUUAUCUAUCCAGACACCCCUCCAGUCAACAAUCGCGAAAACAAGAAAGAAUUGCGGAGGAGUACGUAAACAUGAUUACGAGUCACUCUGUGCCUAAAGCUAUGUCGCUAGACGAAAUAGCGAGUGCUACCAACACUGACAAGACAUUGCAAGCAUUGCGAGCCGCUAUACGAACAAAUAGAUGGCAAGCAUCUGAUCGUUUAAAGCCUUAUUGUGCAAUCAACGAUGAGCUCACUGUUGGUGCGAAGGGAAUUGUUUUGAGAGGAACACGUUUAGUUAUACCAGAGUCACUUCAGCAACGAGCUAUAGAUAUUGCCCAUGAAGCUCACCAAGGUCUUUCCAAAACAAAAAGUCUAUUACGAGAAAAAGUAUGGUUCCCAGGUAUGGACAACCUAGUUCAGCAUACCCUAGAUUCGUGCCUGACUUGUCAAAUUGUCGGCAAACCAUCGCCACCAGAACCUCUGCAACAAACUGAUUUUCCUAAAGGACCAUGGGAAACUGUUCAUAUCGAUUUCUGUGGACCGCUUCCUUCAGGAGAUCAUCUUUUAGUCGUCAUUGAUCGUUAUUCGCGAUUUCCGGAAACCGAAAUUGUGCGAUCCACGAAAGCAUCAACUGUCAUUCCGAAGCUGGACAAAAUAUUUUCGGUACACGGCAUACCACGUGAAUUAAAGACAGAUAACGGUCCACCAUUCUCGAGUGAAGAGUUUGCACGAUAUGUAAAUAUCCUCGGUAUAAACCAUAAACCUGUCACACCUUACUGGCCGCAGGCAAAUGGAGAAGUCGAACGCUUUAAUCAGCCUCUCAUCAAAGCCGUACAAAGCGCAGUGGCAGAGGGUAAGGUAUGGCAACAAGAACUGAACCGUUUCUUGUUCCAGUAUCGUAAUACACCUCACAGCACAACGAAAAUUGCGCCAUCAGAGUUGUUAUUCAACAGGAAAGUACAAGGAAAAUUCCCUACUUUAGAGAAGCAUCGCGUAAUAAAUCGACACAAAGAAGCUAGAAUAAACGAGGAACGCAGUCGAUCAUACCAAGAAACAUAUGCAAACAAACGCAGAAAAGCAAGGAAGAGCAACCUUCAAGUUGGAGAUACUGUUCUUGUCCGCCAACAAAAAAGGGACAAACUAACGACACGAUUCAGCAAAACGCAAUACAAAGUCGUAAACCGUAAAGUGAAAUGUGGCCUAGGCUCUGAGUUGAUAACUGGUGAUGCAUGCCAGUUGUGUCCUCGUGGAAGCUACAGGGACGCUGCGAAUCAAACGAGCUGUGUUCCUUGCCUGGUGACUGGAGAAGUUGCAAAAACAACAUACAUUCUAGGAGCUAAAAGUUCUUCAUCUUGCAAAGGUAUUGAUGUUAUAUAA